GACGGCAGCUGACUGGUUUUCCUUUCUGUCUCCGAAAUUCCGAAUUUCUCCUCCAAAUUCCGAUCUCCGACAUCUGUCCCAACCACACCUUAUAAAAUCCCAGCGGCGGAAACCUCGCCUUAGAUCUCUUCUUGUCGCUAUACGCAUAGAUUCUCACGCAGUAAAUGUGAUCCAGUGUGUGUUUAUAUACAGAUACAGUUGUUUGUAUCUAUACUUUUGAGUGUUUGAUAUAUUUGGAGCUGUUGUAUGAAUAUUUCUGUAUUUAUUUAUGCGCACAAGUGGGGAUUAUGAAGUGAGAUAGUGAUUAUUGAUAAGAUUAACGAAUUAGAGAAGCACAAACAGUGAUAAUGAGAACACUGUGCGACGUUUGUGAGAGUGCGGCAGCGAUUAUAUUCUGCGCGGCGGAUGAGGCGGCGCUUUGUCGUUCUUGUGAUGAUAAGGUCCACAUGUGUAACAAGCUUGCCAGUAGACAUGUACGAGUUGGACUUGCUGAGCCCAGUGAAGUCCCACGUUGCGACAUAUGCGAAAAUGCUCCUGCUUUCUUUUAUUGUGAGAUCGAUGGAAGUUCCCUUUGUCUGCAAUGCGAUAUGAUUGUCCAUGUCGGUGGUAAAAGAACCCAUGGAAGAUACCUCCUGCUGAGGCAGAGAGUUGAGUUUCCAGGCGACAAACCUGGAAGUGUAGAUGAACCAGGAUCACAAAGAGUUCAUCUUGGUGAAGCAAAGAGGGAACCGAUUCAGAUGUCUAGUCUUAGAGCGAAAGAGAAUCAGCAAAAUCACCGGGAUUCUCCUGAGCCAAUUCUAGGUAACAACAUUGAUAGUCAUGAGAAAAUGGAGAAUCAGUUGAUUGACCUCAAUUCCAGACCUCAAAGGGUGCACGGACAAACUCCGGGUAACCAGGACCGACUGGAUACUUUGGCUUACAACAAUCAUGAAUCUGAAAGUGUGGUUCCAGAUGGAUACUUAAAAAGGGAGCCUGAGAAGUAAUGAAGAGCAAGCCUGAUGAAUGUGAUAUUUGUAUUGCGUAGAGCGAAGAAAUAUCUUUGGAUUGUAUAUUUUACCAACACUUUUCCAGCUUCUCUUCCAAUUGCCUGUAGACCCGGCAUUGUGCUUUGAGUUGUUACUAGCAACGGAAUGAGACGGCACAUGGGACAGCCCUGAAAGCCAACUGUAGGACCUUUAUCUAUUCAAGAGCCAACUUCAGUUCACCAAAAUAGUCAAAACAAGUUUUUUGGCUAUUCUUAGAGUUGUGCAGUGUUUCUAGUGAAGAAAGCUGUUCCGCAAGAAGUUUGUGGAAUAUGCUCUAAUGUAAAUUAGGAGACCUCAGAAAUGUGAAAGUCGCCAAUAAAACUGCUCAGGGAGGUCUUUUUCCUUUGUCUCUUAUCAUUUCUCUAAACUUAUUUGGGUUUUCUUCCAUACCCAAGGUAUAAUAGAAAAUUGCUAGAUGUUGGUUUAGUGGUCAAAGUCGAGGUCCUGUAUCUGGAAUUCGUUAGCUUAUGUUGUGCAAUGAACAUAGUCACCAGUUGUAUCUCAAAGCUCAACUUUGAAAUCACUCGCUUCGUUGCUGCUUGAAAUGGAAUUGUGUUUCUUGUUUCAUCUA